AUGGCCAUCAGUGCAGCAGCCUUCCAAGAAUGCCUUCUCAAGGAGCUGAAACAUUUCCGGGAUGCCAACCGGGUCCUCACUGAGGAGGAGCGCCGGCAAGCGUUAAGUGGGCUCAACCGAUUGGUGCGGCCACGUUCUGCACCUUUGAGUUCCUUGACCAGGAUCAACUCAGCGCCGGACUUGACGGUGGGCUCCCCCGUUCGCCUUGCCGGUCUUCGAAGCCGUGCAGAAUUCAACGGGACCAUUGGCGAGGUGCUAGAGCGAGAGCCUGACUCGCACGGACAGUUGUUGGUGCGAAUCUUUCCAGAAGGUGCCUCCCAGAAGAUUGUGUGGGUGAGUCCUGAGAAACUUCGCUUUGAGGCAUCGCCACUACAUACGCGCGCUGGAAGGCAGUGGCUCUCCAAACCACUGAGGCACUUGGCUCACAAGUCCUUCCACGCUGCUCCCAAUGGGGGCUUUUUCAGUGAGAGCACUUCGUUGCCCGCACUGAUGCGAGACUCGCAGCGCCCCAACGCGGUGAAUGGAGCCUGA